AUGUUAUGUCAAUUAAAACGAAAUGAAAAUUGUCAUCAUGAUUAUAAUAUAAGAAAGAGUAUGAAUGAAAACGAAUGUCGUGAAUUAAAAUGUGAUAUCAAACGAACAGCAAUAACAAAUCUUUAUAAACCAUUGAAUGAAACCGAAUUUUUAUCUAAAACACAUUCUGAAAUAAGACAAGAAUUUCGUAAAAUGCCAAAUCCACCAGCAAAAGAUACGCAUGUUGCAAAAUACGAAGAAAAUCUUGAUAAAUCUCGUUAUCGUGAUGUUCUACCAGGUGAAUCAACUCGUGUUAAACUUCAAGAAGAUACUGAUGAUCAAAAUGAUUUUAUCAAUGCUAAUUAUGUUAGUGGUUAUAAUAAUCAAGAAAAAGCUUAUAUAUUUACUCAAGGACCAUUACAAGCAACAGUAAAAGAUUUUUGGCGUAUGAUAUGGCAAGAAAAUAUAUCAAUUAUAGUCAUGACAACAAAUAUUCGUGAAUCUGGUACAAUGAAAUGUUAUCCAUAUUGGCCAUUAAAAAUAAAAGAAUAUCUUAAUACAGGAUUAUAUCAAAUUCAAAAUGAAAAAUCUGAUCCAUAUGAUAGUUUUAUUAUAACAACAUUAUUAUUAAAGAAAAAAACUAAUUCAGAAAUUCGAACAAUUUAUCAUGCACAUUAUCUUAAAUGGCCUGAUCAUGGUAUACCAACUGGAACAAAAGAUGCAUUAUUAUUUUUAGAAAAAGUUGAAUAUUAUAAAGAAUUAACAAAAACAAAAUCUCCAAUUCUUCUUCAUUGUUCAGCUGGUAUUGGACGUACAGGAACAUUUUGUGCCAUUGAUAUUGGUAUAAAACGAUAUUUAAAUGAAAAAAUUAUUGAUAUACCAUCAACAGUUAUUAAAAUGCGACAAGAACGUGCUGGUAGUGUUCAAACAGAAGAUCAAUAUUUAUUUGUUUAUUUAGCUUUAAUGGAUUUUAUUAAACGACAACAAAUUAUACAAGAAAAAAAUCAUAAUUUAGAAUUACGAAAUAGUAAAAAAUCAUUUGAAUUAGAUCAAAUAAAUAAAUUAUCAUUAAUUAAUACGUCAAAUAUAAUUAAUUUACAAGAAUCAAUAUCUCAACAGAUUAAAACAUCAAAUGAUUCUUUAGUAACAAAUAUUCAACAUUUAAUAUCAUCUACAAAUGAUAUUAUUCGACAACAAACUUCAUUAAUGCCAUCGACUAAUGACAAUGAAAUAGAUAGAAAAAUUCGUACAUAG